AUGAUAACGCUUAUCGAUAUCGGACAAAGUCAUGAGAAUCGCACACUUUUGGUGAUGAAGAUCACUGGCAAACGAAAUCCACUGGGUUCCAAGAUUUCAAUGUGGAUCGAUGGUGGAAUUCAUGCUCGUGAAUGGAUCUCUCCGGCUACUGCAAUGUACAUUGCUCAUGAGUUAAUACUGGGUUACGAUAACGAUGCUACAGUAGCCAAACUGAUGGACCAUAUUGAUUUUUAUAUUUUGCCUGUUAUGAAUCCAGAUGGUUAUGAGUAUUCUAGAGAGAAGAAUCGAAUGUGGAGAAAAAAUCGAAGUCCCGCCAAGUGUCAUCGUUCGACGUUUAGCACUGUGUGCUGUGCGGGUGUCGACCUGAACCGCAAUUUCGACUGGUUCUGGGCUUCCACCGGCUCUUCUUCCGACCCAUGCCAUGACACCUAUCAUGGUUCCUCUGCCUUCUCGGAGCCAGAAUCUCAAGCAGUUCGAGAUUUCCUCGAACAGAACACUCCAGAAGCAUUUAUCUCGCUUCAUUCAUAUUCUCAAAUGUGGCUUAUUCCAUAUGGACACCGAAAACAAAGCUAUCCACAGGACUAUCAUACUGGGUUGAGACCAUUGGCUCUGCGAGCAACCAAGGCGUUGUAUGAGCUCUACGGUACAAAAUAUCAAGUUGGCACUGGAGCAGAUUUGAUGUACGAAGCUUCUGGAGGAUCCCAUGAUUGGGCCAAGGGACAAUUGAAGGUCCCAUAUGCCUAUUUGAUUGAGUUACGGCCUAAAAAUACCAUGAUGGGCCACGGUUUCCUUCUGCCAGAACGGGAAAUCGUGCCAACCGGAUUGGAAACGUUUGAAUCGAUAAAAGUGGUUGCUGAUGAGCUGGUUGCUCAGUUUGUGGAGCCGGUGAUACGCGCGAAAAUGAGCACAACUACAGUCAAACCAUCGUCUUUCCAGCCUUCCGAAUAUUGA